AUGGCCGCCACUGACACACGAUCUCGAUCGUCACUCGAAGCUCCAACAAACUCAGACGCCGAAUGCGGUGAUCAACAAAUUCGCCUGGCACAUGCGACUCCCGCGACGUCUAACAAGCAAAACGAAGAUCAUGAAGACAAAUACCCGCCGUUCGCAACGGUAAUGCUCAUCAUGCUGUCUCUUUACAUGGCUGUCUUCCUUGUUGCUUUGGAUACCACGAUAAUCUCAACAGCCAUUCCUCGCAUCAGCGACGAAUUCCAUUCACUUGACGACAUAGGCUGGUAUGGAAGUGCCUAUUUGUUGACGUUGUGUUGCUUUCAGCUCCUCUUCGGUCGCAUCUAUACAUUCUAUUCCCCCAAGCUCGUCUUCCUUACCGCAGUCUUCUUGUUCGAGGUUGGCUCGGCUAUCUGUGGCGCAGCGCCUAACUCGGUAGCCUUCAUUUUUGGCCGCGCAGUUGCUGGGGUCGGUGCUGCUGGAAUCUCAGGUGGCGCCGCUGUGAUAAUAGUGCAUACAGUGCCGAUUCACAAGAGACCUGUGUAUAUGGGCAACAUCGGUGCUGUGUAUGGACUUGCCUCUGUGGCAGGGCCACUCCUUGGAGGCGUUUUCACCGAUCGCCUUUCAUGGCGCUGGUGCUUUUAUAUCAACCUUCCAAUAGGUGGUCUGACACUUGCCACCAUAUUUCUCUCAUUGAAACUCCCAGGCGCCAAAGAUGCCUCGACCACAAUCAGAGAACAAAUACGCCGUUUGGAUCCAUUGGGAACAUUCUUCUUUUUUCCUGGCAUCGUCUGCCUUCUCCUGGUCCUUCAAUGGGGCGGAUCGAAAUACUCCUGGCAGGACGCCAGAAUGGUCGCCCUCCUUGUUAUUUUCGCACUGUGCAUGGCGACUUUCGUCGCCAUCCAGAUUUGGAACCGCGAGAGCGGCACAGUACCGCCUCGAAUCUUCCUCCAACGCAGUAUACUGUCCGGGUGUUAUUUCGGGCUCCUUGCCGGAUCAGCCCUCAUGAUAUUGAUUUACUAUCUGCCGAUCUGGUUUCAGGCCAUCAAGGGUGUCAAUGCAGUCACGUCAGGUCUCAUGACCUUACCGGUCAUCCUAUCCUUGGUAGUCGCCAAUAUGAUUGGUGGUAUCGUUGUCUCACGAAUCGGCUACUACGCCCCGUUCAUGAUUGCAAGCUCUAUCUUGAUUUCCGUCGGUAGCGGGCUCAUCACAACAUUCACAACGACAACGAAUCACCCAAAAUGGAUCGGUUACCAAGUCAUCUUCGGCCUAGGUAUAGGAUUGGGGAUGCAGCAGCCAGGAGUAGCAGCGCAGACGGUUCUGACAAAAAAGGACGUUCCCACAGGUAUUGCCCUAAUGAUGUUCUUUCGCAAUCUUGGUGGUGCACUGUUUAUAUCAAUCAGUCAGAACGUCCUGCAGAACGACCUGAUCAAAGGCCUGAAGCACAUCCGAGGUCUAGACACAAAUACUAUCUUGGAGUCUGGUGCUACGGGAUUGAGGAAGGUUGUGGACGCACAAGAUCUCCAGCAAGUUCUAGUGGCGUACAAUGGUGCUCUGACUAAAGUUUUCUACUGCGCAGUGGCUGUGUCGUGUGCCAGUAUCGUUGGAGCUCUGACGAUGGAGUGGCGGAGUGUCAAAAAGGCGAGAGAGCAGCAGAGAAAGGAAGCGACAAAGCCGGAUGAGAAGCGGGACGACGCAGUGUAA